AUCCGUGACUGUUGUGUUAGCUGGAAAUUCAGCUAACUGAUAGUCAUUGUCGUUAUUGUAGAUGAUUGUUUGUUAGGUUUGAGUAGGCAUACCCGGAAUUAAUUAUGCGUCAGUCAAAUAUUGAGAUGGACGUCGAUGACAAACCUUCAAAAGGGGAAGGGUUGCGACAGUAUUUCAUCACAAAAAUUGAAGAACUGGAAUUAAUUGUGGCUGAGAAGAGUCAGAAUUUGCGUCGCCUUCAAGCUCAGCGCAAUGAACUCAAUGCAAAAGUUCGAAUGCUUCGUGAGGAAUUGCAGUUACUCCAAGAGCAAGGCUCAUAUGUCGGAGAAGUUGUGAAACCUAUGGACAAGAAGAAAGUUUUAGUUAAAGUUCAUCCUGAAGGGAAAUUUGUUGUAGACCUUGACAAGAACAUUGACAUUAAUGAUGUCACAGCUAAUUCGCGUGUUGCACUCCGUAAUGAAAGUUACACACUACACAAAAUCCUUCCAAAUAAAGUUGAUCCUCUAGUAUCUCUCAUGAUGGUGGAAAAAGUUCCUGACAGUACUUAUGAAAUGGUUGGAGGUCUGGAUAAGCAGAUCAAAGAGAUUAAGGAAGUCAUUGAGCUUCCUGUGAAGCAUCCAGAAUUAUUUGAUGCUCUGGGCAUAGCGCAACCGAAAGGUGUACUUUUGUACGGACCACCAGGAACAGGUAAAACCCUGCUUGCCCGAGCAGUGGCCCAUCACACUGAGUGCACAUUUAUUAGAGUCUCAGGGUCUGAAUUGGUGCAGAAAUUCAUUGGUGAAGGUUCAAGGAUGGUACGAGAACUGUUUGUUAUGGCCAGAGAACAUGCACCUUCUAUUAUCUUCAUGGACGAAAUAGAUUCCAUUGGAUCAUCUAGGAUUGAAUCAGGGAGCGGGGGUGAUUCUGAAGUACAGAGAACCAUGCUGGAGCUGUUGAACCAGCUUGAUGGAUUUGAGGCUACAAAAAAUAUUAAGGUGAUUAUGGCUACCAACAGAAUUGAUAUUUUGGAUCCUGCCUUACUUCGACCAGGGCGUAUCGACCGUAAGAUUGAAUUCCCACCUCCAAAUGAAGAAGCUCGUUUGGACAUUCUGAAGAUCCAUUCUCGAAAAAUGAAUCUGACCCGAGGUAUCAACCUCCGCAAGAUUGCAGAACUUAUGCCUGGGGCAUCUGGUGCCGAAGUUAAGGGAGUGUGUACCGAAGCAGGAAUGUAUGCUCUUCGUGAACGCCGGGUGCAUGUGACUCAAGAGGACUUUGAGAUGGCAGUAGCCAAAGUCAUGCAGAAAGACUCUGAGAAGAACAUGUCCAUUAAGAAACUUUGGAAGUAAAUUCUAUUACUGGGAAUUUGACAUAACAUGUGGCAGCCAUAUGUGGAGCACAAAUAUGUGUGUAAAAUGUUAAAAAUGUAUGUGCAGUAUAGAGAUGCGCUUUACCAAAAUUACUGGAAUGUUACUUCCAAAACUUCCCAGAUACAUUCAUUUACAAAAGUAAAGGUAAUUUCUGUUCUGUACUAUGCAAUUUGCACAGUUCAUGUUAGUUUCUAAAUUGAAUAGAAAUGGAUUUAACAAGUACUGGCCUCUGCUGUACUCUUAGUAUUCAGGCAGAAUGAUAUUUUUCCAACUACACUUUGCAUUAUUCACGGCUUUUUAACUACUGCAGAAUGUAAAUUUCAGUAUUGUGAUGUAUUGUAACCUAUGUCUGCACUUUGAAUUUUGUCACCAACAAGAAAUCACAUAACUGAA